UGAGUAGGUGGCAGAGCUCUGGUGCACUCCUGACCCCAGCCCCUGAGCUGGUAACAAGUUUAUAUUAUCUUCCUCCUUUCAUUUCUCUUCCACAGUUCUGUUCCAGUUAAUUUUGUGAGGUCACAGAACCAUUUACAAAACAUAGGGUAAGGAUAUUUCUAUUUUUAUGUUACCUUCAGGAAGGCAAAGUAGCCAACAGCCAAAUUAUCUGUACAAGCCCUGGGCUGUGAGCUGUGACCCUGGAUAUCAGGUAAAACUGCUCAGCUGAAAAAGAGGCAGCUCAGAAGAAGUUACACCAUGAAGUUGCGCCACAUCUUCAGCCAUGCAGAAAGGAAGUCAUGGUCAGCAGGCAGAAAAACAGCUAAAAGCUCUUUAUAUGUGCACAUGUAUAGGAAGGGAAUGAAAGGAAUUAAAGAAAAAGAUUGGGAAUUAUGCACGUUAUGGGUUUUUUAAACAACAGUAUUUUGGGGAAAUCUCCACCUUAAACCAUCACAUUAUGUCAGAAAUAAAGUCCAAACCAUCCUGCAGCCUUGAUAGUCUGAGGCUAACCAAGCUUCCAAGAAAAUGAGGGAAAAUUACUCCCUUCCAGUAACUUACACUGGCAGAGUGCUCGGUUUUCCUUCAGCGAGCACUUAUUGGGAGGUUGCUUCUGUAUUUUACAGUGACCGUGGAGAGGAGCAGGAGCAGCCGGAGGGAAGGGCUCCAUCCCCUCCCGCAGCCCCUGCGCCCAGCGGGGACAGAAAUCCUUGGUCUCCAACCCAGGGCACCAAAGGACGUCAUCGCCUUCCCAAGAGGCUCUAACGUCAUUAACUGCACACGUUUGGUGUGGAGAAGAGAAAGAAAAUACAGGAUUUCCUGCUCUGCAGCCAGCGGACCGGGCUGCAGAUGCCGGCAGGAUUCCAGAGCUCCGAGAACAUGUGGAAGUUAAGCGAGGAGGAGUUGGGAUUGCUGAGAAAAGCAGAAGGGAAGAAAAGCAGAGCGCUGGCUGCUCCUGCUCCCUAGCACGGCUAUGACCCCCCCACAGCAUGGGCAGCACAGAAAGAACCCCUCCCCCUGCUGUGACCACCCCAUGAGUGAAGAGACCCGGCCAGGAUGGAGAGCAAUGUAUCCUCCGAGAACUGUUCUGACCCCCAGAUGUCCUUCCAGUCCACCCUCUACGCCACCACCUACACCCUCAUCUUCAUCCCAGGGCUCCUGGCCAACAGCGCUGCCCUGUGGGUCCUGUGCCGCUUCCUCAGCAGGAAGAGCAAAGCCGUCAUCUUCAUGAUCAACCUGGCCGUGGCCGACCUGGCCCACGUCCUCUCGCUGCCCCUGCGCACCUACUACUACAUCAACCACACCUGGCCCUUCGGGAGCUUCCUGUGCCAGGUGUGCUUCUACCUGAAGUACCUCAACAUGUACGCCAGCAUCUGCUUCCUCAGCUGCAUCAGCAUCCAGCGGUACCUGUUCCUGCUGCACCCCUUCCGCGCCAAGGGCUGGAAGCGCCGCUACGACGUGGCCAUCAGCGCCCUGGUCUGGCUCUUGGUGGGGGCUGCCUGCCUGCCCCUCAUCAUCGUCAGGAGCCCAGCCCUGUCCAACUCCAUCAACAGCUGCUUCUCGGACCUGGGCGUGAAGCAGCUCAGCCCGGGGGCCGCCAUCGCGCUGGUGACGGUGGCGGAGCUGUUCGGCUUCGUCAUCCCCUUCGGCACCAUCGCCUGGUGCACGUGGAGGAUGUGGCACUCCCUGCGGGAGGGCCCCACGGCGCUGCAGGAUGCCGGCGAGAAGCGGAAGGCCCUGAGGAUGGUCCUCAUGUGCGCCGCCGUCUUCUUCAUCUGCUUCACGCCCUACCACAUCAACUUCCCCUUCUUCAUGAUGGUGAUCGAGAACGUCAUCCGGGACUGCGCCGUGCACCGGAGCACGCUGCGCUUCCACCCCAUCUCCCUGUGCCUGGCCAGCCUCAACUGCUGCCUGGACCCCGUCCUCUACUACUUCAUGACCUCCGAGUUCCAGGCGCAGCUGCUGCGCCACGGCUGCGUGGCCCUGAGAGCGCGGCUCCCGCCCCGCCGCAGCAGCGCCUCCGGCACCGACACUGCCCACGACAUCCGCCUCAGGAAGAGGAAUCUCCCUCGCCUCAAGUUCUGGUCUCUUCCCAAGUUCUUUGGCCAAAUAAACAGCAUGGACAUCCCCAGUGUGCCACCUGAUGAGCUGCUGCUGGAGUCCAUCUCGUGAGAGCCCCGUCCACAAAGGGCUUCUGAGAGCUGCGGUGAGGAUUGCUCUGCUCUCCAAAUCCGUCCAGAAUUGUCGCUGUGUGCCGCAGAUGCCAGGACCUGAUCCAUGAGGACGUUGUCAUGCCAAAAGAUUUGCUGGUUGUGCUGUUGCUGCUGGGGACUGCUGUCUUCCAUCUCUUCAAAAGCCAUUGUUGAUGCCAAAGUUUCCCCUGUGCUGAACUGCAGUGGGUUCAGGUGCCUCAUUUCAGGUGUUUCUCUGCUUCUGCGUAUUUGUCAUUUUUGGGAAUCCCUCUGAACCCCGAGCUGUGAGUGAGAGGCUCAGCCUUGGUACAGCUCUGGGGAUUUCAGCCCUGAUCCUGGGUACCUACAGCCACCAUCACCAGGAGCAUCCACCAUGCUCACACGUGGCUCUGCAUCAGGACAGCUCAUUAUGUCCCUGUAAACCAAAACUUUUCCACUACAAAAAUCCAUCACCUGGGUCCAAUGCAGCCUAAUCUGGACUGCAAGACUGUAACCAAACAAAGAGUAUUAACCUAUAUCACAUCAGUGUUGUAAGGGAGGGCUCAAACAAACUGGGCUCAGCUCACGCUGCUGGAAAAGGCACCAAGAGCUGAGCAGAAGGAUCCACCUGGCUCCUGGGAGCUGCAGGUGCUUGGCUGAUUAUGGGGGAUCAAUAUUUGGAAGACCAAUUACAAUAGAUAUGCCACAGGCAAGAGGGAGAUGUGACACCUCCCAGGGCACAUUAAGUCACAGAGCUCUGGUGUGAGCUGCAAAAACAGGGACCUGUCAUUGGUGUCUCUUGUGUUGUUCUUGGGAGUCUUGUGUUGUCAUGUUGUUGAUGUGCGUGGUUGCACAUGAAGAUGUUAUCCAAAAUUUCAGUUUUGCUUUGAACACCAAAAACCAUCCCAACCUCCACUGGGUACUGAGAAAAUUUACAAAACUGACUCCAGUACACCCUGAAAGCUUCAAACUCUGAGGAAAUAAAAUUAUCCUAAUGUGUA